GGAGAAAGGCUGGCUAGUUGAUCCUAGUGUUCUCCAGAUUUUCAAAUUAAAACUGGCUGGUCUGUAAAUGUACAGAAUUGACAUCGCCUACGUUUGUUGCUAAUUCUUUGUUUCAAUACUUUAGGAAUAAACAUUUUUUUCUAUUGCCAGGUUUUCUGAUUAUUCCUGAUAAUCAGACUUGCAUUGACUCACUUAACCCCCUCAUAUUUGGUACAAAAUAAAACAUCUCAAUGAUUGUUCUGUCACUCCUUGUUUCCAUGGAUACUCUUUGAAUGCAGUUAUAAUUAGCACUCUGCAGCCACAGUAGUUUGUCCUCUGAAAGAAAUAAGAACAUCCUAGGGAGGAUAUGCUGAACUGUCAAUGCCAGCACACUUAAACUUAAGUAAUUUUACCACUGCAGGGUUAAACUAUGAGGUUGAACUAUGAGGUCAAGCUAUUAAAAAGAGUGCUGGGGCUUAGGAGUUUGGGUGAAAUGUUAAAUCAGCUAGAGCCAGAUAGACCAGCUACAGUUGUUGGCAAUACUUGCUAAAAGUGAUUUGGUGCCUUACAGAAAAUAGGAUCAAGCUGAACCCCAAGAUCCUCUUGUCAGUUUCCAGGAUUACCACAAAUGGCAGUUUCUGUAAAAAGCUACUGCCAUGGUGAAAUAGUGAUGUCACUAUGCAAGACCACAUUACAAUAUUGAUAGAUAAUUUAAACAGUCUUAGCUAUUAAAAUACGUAACUGCACAAGUAAAUUACUGCUGCAUGACUGCUGAAAACCCUGCAGUGGUGAACCAAGGAAAUUUGACCCAAAGUUCAGAGGACCUAUUCACAACAGGCACUGUACGGAUGUUCUGUGCUGUGUAAUCUUCAUAGUCGUCAUUCUGGGUUACAUUGCAUUAGGAAUUCUGGCUUGGGUGCAUGGUGACCCCAGGAAGGUGGUCUAUCCAACUGACAGCUAUGGGCAGUUCUGUGGCCAGAAGGACACUGUAAAUGAGAACAAGACCAUUUUGUUUUACUUUAACAUUCUGAAAUGUGCCAGCCCAAUAGUGCUAAUAAACCUACAGUGCCCUACAACACAGCUUUGUGUCUCGAAGUGCCCAGACAGGUUUGCAACAUACAUAGACAUGCAAGCUUCCUACAGAUAUAACAAAAGUUACUGGGAGUACUACAGGCAGUUCUGCAAACCCGGUUUUAAUAAGCCUUUGAAGUCUGUUGCUCAAGUUAUCCGUGAUGAAGACUGUCCUUCGAUGAUCAUUCCAAGCAGGCCUUUUCUUAAAAGAUGUUUUCCUGACUUCUCCACAAAGAAUGGGAUUCUGACGGUGGCAAAUCAGACGACAUUCAAAGAUGGAAUAGGGAAAACACGAAACGUAACUGAUCUCAGGGAAGCUGCAAAUGGUAUCAAUAAUGUCCUUGAUGCAAGAUCAGUUGGGAUGAAAAUAUUUGAAGACUAUGCCAGUUCCUGGCAUUGGAUUUUAAUUGGUCUGGUCAUUGCAAUGAUUAUGAGCCUGCUCUUCCUUGUUCUCCUGAGGUUCACAGCAGGAGUCCUCUUCUGGAUUUUCAUCCUUGGUGUUAUUGGAAUUAUAGGAUAUGGUAUCUGGCAUUGUUACUGGGAGUAUGAUCAUCUUCAGGGGACACCUGGUUCUGACCUCACAAUCUAUGAUAUUGGCUUCCAGACUGACUUCAGAGUGUACCUGCAGCUGAGGCAAACAUGGUUAGCAUUUAUGAUAAUACUUUGUAUUGUGGAAGUCAUCAUCAUACUUAUGCUGAUCUUCCUGAGGAAUCGGAUCCGGAUUGCUAUUGCACUUUUGCAGGAAGGGAGUAGGGCUAUUGGCUACAUAAUGUCCACCUUAUUUUACCCAAUUAUCACCUUCAUUCUCAUUGCAAUCUGCAUUUCCUAUUGGGCAGUGACAGCUGUUUUCCUGUCUACAUCAGGGGAGCCUGUGUAUAAAGUAAUGGCUAAUCAAACACUUUGCAAGUAUGCCAACAUGACCUGUGACCCAGAGACUUUUAACACAACCAAUGUGACCAAAUUAUGUCUUGGUGCUCAAUGUACUUUCGCUUUCUAUGGGGGAGAAAGCUUGUAUCACAAGUACAUCUUGAUCUUUCAACUCUCCAAUGUAUUUGUCUUUCUCUGGCUGGUAAACUUUGCAAUUGCACUAGGUCAGUGUACCCUUGCUGGUGCCUUUGCCUCCUACUACUGGGCCUUUAGAAAACCUGCUGAUAUUCCACCAUGCCCACUCUUUUCCUCAUUUGGACGAGCAAUACGAUAUCACACAGGUUCACUAGCAUUUGGAUCAUUAAUUCUUGCAAUAGUCCAGCUGAUUAGAAUAAUCUUGGAGUACUUGGAUCACAAGCUGAAAGGUACACAGAACUCUUUUACGAGAUUUCUGCUCUGCUGCCUCAAAUGCUGUUUUUGGUGUUUGGAAAAAUUCAUCAAGUUCAUCAACAGAAAUGCCUACAUCAUGAUUGCGAUAUAUGGUAAAAACUUCUGCACCUCAGCAAAGGAAGCGUUCUUUCUGUUAAUGCGGAAUGUGGUGAGAGUUGCAGUGCUGGACAAAGUUACAGACUUCUUGUUAUUCCUUGGGAAACUUCUCGUUGCUGGUGGUGUAGGUGUCCUAGCCUUCUUUUUCUUCACACAUAGAAUACCAGUGUUCACACAAGAAGCACCAACGUUAAAUUACUACUGGGUUCCUCUUUUGACUGUCAUUAUUGGCUCUUACCUAAUUGCACACGGGUUCUUCAGCGUCUAUGCAAUGUGCGUUGAUACGCUUUUCCUCUGCUUUUGUGAAGAUUUGGAAAGAAAUGAUGGAUCCACAGCAAAACCCUACUACAUGUCAGCUAGCCUGCACCGAAUUCUGGGAAAGAAGGAACUAAGCCCUAAGAAGGCAAUGGGAUAAUUUUAAAAAAUUGAUGAAAAUCAAAACAAUGUUAUUUUAAGUGGGAUAUGUAUAAACUAGACAAAAGUUAAAACUGUAAAUGAUGAUGCUUCUGGUUGAUGGGCGAUUUUUUUUUUUUUUUUUUUGUUUUGCUUGUAUCUAAAAUCAGUUAGCAAUUUGGUAACAUCUACUCACAUAGGGAAAUGCUUAAACUAAGAGCUGUGAAACAAGGCUACAUUUUAGUUCAUAGAGUGCCUAUGAAAAAUCUAAAUUCGAAGCAUUUUUUAUCCAUAGCUAAUGGUGUUUUUAUAACUUUUGUAAUACAGAUUGCUGUUUCAAAUGACAGCCAUUUUGAUAACAUUUCUUUUUAUAAGUGUAUAUUUGUAAACGAUGUUCAGGCAAUUUUUGAAAGCACUACAGUGUAAUCUAAUUAGCCAUAAAAAUAGAUUAAGACUCUAGCAAACCAGCAGAUGGUACUAACUUUGUAAAUAUGGUGCUAUGGUUGUAUUUUAACUGUACAAGCUGGUUGACAGCUAUUUAAACUGUGACUAUGUAUGUACUAAUGGUUCCCUAUAUAGAUCUUUUGAUCACUUCCAUUACCCUUUCAUUUAUUAACAUAAAUAGUUUGUAUUACACAGGUUCAAUGUCCAAGAAGGUAGCCAGAGUAGACUACAGCUAAAACUGCUUUAUAAUGAAGUCUGUUAUAACAAAACUCCUUUUUAAAGCAGAAGUUAGAUUAAACAUUAACCUCAUUGUAGGACCAUUCCUCUGUACAUCAAGAACAUGGUUUGUAGUUCCUACAAUCUUUCUAUUUCCAACUAGGGCAAGAUGAAAAAUAUAUAGGUUUCAGCUGGUGUGGAUCAGAGAGGCCCUUCUUUUAGUAUCUCCUAAUGGUUCUAUGAUUUUUUUUUCCACAUGAUGUUGAGCUCCACCUGAAGUAUGAAAAGGAAAAACUGAAAUGCAGCCAUUUUCCCUGGUUGCAGCUCUUCAUAGCCCUCUAAGCACUAAAGAAUUCUUAUUUCCUGUAUCCAUCCCUUAUGGAUCCCUCCUUCCUUCCAAGGACUGAAUGCAUUUUCUCUGCAGGACUCUCUGCUCCUAUUAGCCCAUGGAAUAAGUGACCAGGGCUAGAAAUACAAUCCGAGUCUCCCACCAAUCAUUUAGACCAAGGAAUCUGGCCCAUCAUGUUUGAAAUAUAUUUAAAUAAUUAAAAUUGCAUGAUUAUACAUGUAAAGGCUAGUGUAGCUUUGUACUAUUAGUGCAGUACAUCUUAAUAUUACACUUAGGGCUAAUCUACAUGGUGUAACAUAUCAAAGGGUUUUAUAAAUCUCACCUCUCCAGGUGCUGUGUAGGCAAGCCCUAAAACCCCAAUUCUGCAAGCCUUCCAUACAUGCAACCACCACUUGACUCAAUGACAGUCCCACUUUGUGCAGAGCUCACUGGAUCAGCUCAACACUUUAUCUGCAGAUUCUGAGGAGUAAUACAAAGAACACAUGAUGGCUGUGUCUACAUUGGCACCCCUUUCCGGAAAAGGGAUGCUAAUGAGACCAGUCGGA